AUGACGGCUCUAGCGGCCUUCAUCACGGUUCUGGUUAUACAGUGCGUACUAGCACGUGAUUUGACUUGCAAUACCGACAGCUGUACUUCGUGUCACUGCACUGCUAGAUCGCAGUGGUGCGGAGGAAUAAUAGUUUAUCCUAAAAAUCUGACAUUUCGAUCACCUUCUAAAGGGAAGUUAUCAUGCUUGAACUGCCAAUGGGUGAUAUCCUCACUGUUCCAGAAACGUCGGCUCAAACUUACUUUUACACAAUUUUAUCUUGGACCUGGAGAUACUUUGCGUUUCUACGAUGGCUGGUCAGACACGUCUCGACUUAUUGUGACUUACAAGGAAAACGACAGGCCAGUAUCUCUUGUGUCAUCCGGUGACACUAUGACGGUUAUUAUGAAUACAGACAAAUGUGGUCAGGACUCCAGUAUUAGAGCGUUUUUAGACAUUAUCGAUUCUGGUAAACUGUUUUAUUUACCUCGAGGAAAGAAAAUUUCAAAACAAAUUCGAUCUCUUAACUUUCCUCGACCCUAUCCCCGUUAUUUAAAAUGUCUGUGGAUGUUCGUGAGAGGAUCGGGUCUAUUACUGUCAGCAGACAUUACGAUCAAAUCGAUAAACACAGCAGGACCAAAAGACAAACUGACAAUUCAGGAAUCAAUUGUACGUUCUAGAUCCAAUCGUGGCGUACACACGUUUUACGGAAACAAAACAGGAAAAAAUAAGAAAAUAAAAAUAAGGAACAGUUUGGGAUUUACUAUCAUGUUUUCUUCGGAUUCAGUAAAGAAAGGAAAGGGAUUCUCACUUAGUGUUAUCUCACUUCAUCAAGGUAAUUUGCUAAACAAUGUUUCAGCGGAGUUUGUUUAA